CCACAACCUUAGCACGAGUAGCUUCUAGAGCCGGCAGCCUUUUAAUGAGGGCCCCUGUAAUGUUGCUUCGAUAACCAAACAAGUAAUUGGCAAAAGGCAGUAAGACAACUAGUCUAGGGGUCAGGUGACACAAUUUUAGCAAAAGACCAACAUUGACCCUAGAUCGUACUAAGUAGCACUAAAUAUCCUAUGGUCAUCACCUGUGCCUUACACGUGCACAGGGGACCCUUAUCUGAUCAGCGUUCCAUCUGAUAACUUGACAUCUCCUUCGGCAAGUCGGUUUAUACUUGCUGUUCCCAUUUGCUAGCCACCACUCGUACAUAGAUGAAAGCAUAUUGAGGUCAAUAGUGGACAACAACUAGAUCUGAAAACCAAAAACAAUAUAUUUUGGCUAAAGGACUAAAAGUCUAACUAGAGCUGGUUACCCGCCAAGACCCCAUUUCAGCAUAAAUUCAUAAAACUUCUCAUGAAGAUGUAUAAAUUACUAGCCGUCGCUUUUGCAGGGCAGGUGGGUCUGCCGACUGAUGUUGACCCACGUGCUCGAGAUCUGAAUCCAUUCCCAACCCUAGUUUUGGCCAUGAUGGAGCAGCGAGCAGGUAUCCUUGUAACCAGAAUCAUGCAUCUAUUCGCCCUUGUGCAUACACUACGUACUAACGAGGGAAACUAUCGGUAUAUCUCCAUAGCCAUGCAAGUGUAAGUCGCCAGUGAUGGCAUGAACCCACUAGGGCUAAUUGAUCUCGCUUGAUAGUACUGAGUCUAACCUUCUGCUAUCGAC